GCCCAUUGCUUCAAUUUCCAAUUUCCUGAAACAUUUGUUCCCAAUUUCACGAACCUCACUUCUCAUUCUUCACACAACACAACAAUGGCUACUGCGACUUCUCCCACUGUUCCUAUGGAAGAAGAAGAUGACGUCACAGCCACAGCCACAGCCACAAACCAAAACCUUCAAACUCAUCAAAACGGCGUCGUUCCUUCUUCUCCCAUGCUUCCCGUUUCCGACGACAAAAUCCUUCUCCCUGUUGAGGUCUGCUUGAAGCCUUCCAGCACUGCUUCUAUCCGUGACGUUCGUUCCGCUAUCGAAAGGAUGCUUGAGAAGAGGAGUUUGAGCUAUUGUGAUGGCCCCAUUCCUCUCCCCAUGGACGAGCCCUUUCUCGCCGACAACGUCCACAGAAUUUGUAUUUGUGACACAGAUGAAGGGAUGCACAAUGAUAAUGUUCUUUUGUUCUGGCAAGUCAAGCCAGUUGUCCAUGUCUUUCAGCUUAGCGAGGAAGGACCAUGUGAGGAUAUAAGCUCUGAUGGCCAGAGUUCCAGCUUCAAUGAAUGGAUUCUUCCUGCAAAAGAAUUUGAUGGCAUGUGGGAAAGUUUAAUAUUCGAAUCUGGUCUAAAGCAAAGGUUGUUACGUUAUGCAGCUAGUGCUUUGCUCUUUACUGAAAAAGGUGUUGAUCCAUUCCUUGUUUCAUGGAAUCGCAUAAUUCUUCUACAUGGACCCCCUGGGACUGGAAAGACUUCGUUGUGUAAAGCAUUAGCUCAGAAAUUAUCGAUUCGAUUCAAUUCAAGAUUCCCACAGUGCCAGCUUAUUGAAGUGAAUGCACAUUCUUUAUUCAGUAAAUGGUUUUCUGAAAGUGGCAAGCUGGUUGCGAAACUUUUCCAAAAGAUUCAAGAAAUGGUAGAGGAAGAAAGCAAUCUAGUAUUUGUUUUGAUUGAUGAAGUCGAAAGCCUUGCUGCGGCCAGGAAAGCUGCUAUAUCCGGUUCAGAACCUUCAGAUUCUAUUCGGGUUGUAAAUGCAUUACUAACUCAGAUUGACAAGUUAAAAUCAUCUCCAAAUGUGAUAAUUCUAACCACAUCCAACAUAACUGCUGCUAUUGAUAUUGCUUUUGUCGACCGAGCUGAUAUUAAAGCAUAUAUUGGUCCCCCGACACUUCAAGCUCGAUAUGAAAUAUUAAGGUCUUGCUUGCAGGAAUUGAUGCGUACGGGGAUCUUAACUAGUUUACAGGGUUGUGAUAACACCACACUUCCAAGUUAUGCCAGUGCAAAGGAUAGGUCGAGUGCACCGGAUUUUCAUGAGGUUACUGCAUCCAUGCAACUAUGCAACCAACUUCUUGAAACUGCCAAGGCCUGUGAGGGAAUGAGUGGGAGGUCCUUGAGAAAGCUUCCAUUUUUGGCACAUGCUGCCCUUGCCAAUCCUUUCCAUUGCAACCCUAUUAAGUUCUUAUGUACAAUGAUUGAAACGGCAAAGAGGGAGCGUUCUGAGCUUCCUGACUAAAACAACUUAGAUUUUCACCCGUACAAAAAAAUAUAUCAAUCAAGAAUUCAACUUCUGCAAGUUAAUGCGGCAAGUGUCGAUGCAGCAGUAAUGUUUAUUUAUUAUAUGCAAUAUCAGGAUCUAGCUGACCUAAAUGGUUGAUCCCACUGAAAUUAAGCUAGCAGAAAAGAUGCAUUGACCAUAGUAAAUCGUAGAUGAGAUUUUAGGCUCAAACAUAGGAACAAUGUUAUAUAUAAACCUGAGACUUCAACCGUACCACCAUGGCCUGUGUAAAUGAUUCUGUCUAUGAUGUGAAGAAACUGAGGAUGGUGCAGUCUUUAAAGGGUGAGAAAUUCUUUCUCAUGUUAUGUACUACUUUUCAUUGUCUUGCAUUUGAAGGCUACAUAAGAACCAAAAUUUAUUUUAAAGUCUGAAAACUAGGGAAGCAAUUAACUUUAGAGAUAUUAGUUAUUCAACAUACCCAUUUUACCAUCACAACUCUGUUAUGGUAGUUUCUCUAGACAACUCUAUUGAAUUUGAAUCCAUUCUUAAUUGUGUGCUGUAUUGCUGACAGUAAAACUGUGGUCUGUGCCUCUGGAUAAAGUAGCAAUUCUCCCCCCCAGCCCCAAUAGUUGUGACAUC